GGCAGGGGCAGCAGAAGGGGAAGGUGGAAGCUGGAAAAGAACGCGAGGCUGAGCGGACGGGACGCGGGGCUGCCUAAGACAAGCACUGCGCAGGCGUUGGGACAGCCCCACUUCUUGACCAAUUCAAACUUCUUCUAGAGAGUAGGUGGGUUUUGCCCCCUCUACCUCGUGUAUCUAAUUUAGGCUUCGCUGAAUGCCAGGUAUCGUGCUGGGCAUUCAGACCCUUUGGCAGCUUCAGGUCUAGAUCAAGAUGGAGACCCCUAGAAGGAGAACAGGCACCCAGCUGGGUGAGGCAUGUUUUACCAGGACUCCUAUAAGGCUAAGGAAGACAAAGGAGAGCCUACAAAGUGCACUUGAAUGUUAACAGGCCGGUGCCCCUCCUUUUCCAAGACUUUGAGCCCAGGGUCUUCAAAUCACCAUCUGCACAAAGUCUAGAAGCCUCAUUUCCUCCAGGCCAGGCACUGUGGAGGGACCCUGCUUUCCAUUUCAAUUCCUUUGGCUUCCCUUGUGGUGUCUAAUGAGGAAGUAGGAAUUCUAAUGCUCCUGAGGGGAGGGGAGGAGUCCAGGUCCCCUCUGAAUUGUUUUCCCUGGCAACUGGAGAGGACCUGCCCUUUGUCAUGUAAUGGUCUUGAUUCCUGCACUGCUCCUUCCGGCCUUCUCCACCUGUUUGUUUGUUUUUUAAAUCAACUUUAUUGAAAAUUAAUUUACAUCACAUUAAAACAAUUUUUUUCUAAAUUUUUUUUUCUAACGUUUUAUUUUAUCUUUUGAGAGAGAGAGACAGAGCAAGAGCAGGGGAGGGGCAGAGAGAGAGGGAGACACAGAAUCUGAAGCAGGCUCCAGGCUGUGAGCUGUCAGCACAGAGCCCGAUGUGGAACUUGAACCCAUGAACUCGAGAUCAUGACCUGAGCCGAAGUCGGCCGCUCAACCGACUGAACCCCCCCAGGCUCCCCUACGUCACACAUUUUGAUCAGGCUUGACAAAUGUAUACCCCGGGAACCACCACCACCAUAAUCGGUAUUUAGAAUAUUUCCAUCACCCCCAGACUCCUGCUUCCCUUUUGUUGCCCACCCCUCUACCCGUGCUUUUUAAAAAUACAUGUGAGAGCUUUAUUAAGAUAUAAGUCACAUACCUUAUGACUCACCCAUUUAAAGUAUACAAUUCAAUAAGUUGUGCAACCGUCAACAUAAUCAAUUUUAGAACAUUUCCUUUACCCCAAAAAGUAACCCUGUACCCAUUAGCAGAAUCCUAGGUUUAUGUGGGACAAAAAUAGAUUUUUUUUUUUUUUUUUUUUGGAAAAGCACUUGUUACCUUUUAGUAGACCUCCCUCCAUGGGGCUCCAAGCUGCCAGGACACAGCCAUUCCUACCCCUUGAUCUUCUCUUCAGCUCUUCUGUUGAAGAAUUUGGCCUUCACAAUGACAGGCUGCUUGGGGGAGCCCUCUCCUGUCCAAUACUUUGUAAUAGCCUGAUGGUACCACAUCAGUGAUAGGAGCUGUUCUGUAUAUUUCAAACAAAUGGUGUCUUCUAAUAUUUGGGCUUUCGUUAUAGGCUUUUUUCACUUAGCAUGAUGUUUUCAGGGUUGUAGUGUAAUAGGUCGACUUAUAAGAUAUCAGAAAGCUUACUGUAUAUAAGUUUGGCUUAAACUCACCUUUCAUGAAUAAUUAAGAUAAAAGCUUAUGCAGUUCCCUAUUAGGGUUAUCGGAAAUUGCUAACCACCCUAUCUCGCUUCCGUAACUUCGCCUGCUUGUUAAGUAGAUAACUUAGGUUGCAAAACGCUCCCCACCCCUUCUACCAAGAUCUGGCCUAGGCAAGACCAACAUGUAAAAAGUCACGAACUCACUGCCCCACGGUAUCUUAGGUGUCUAACUAUGAUUGGUGAUUUUAAACCCUCUUAGAACAAAGAACUUUAAAUUGAUAGGUUCCCGCCAAAACUAACGGUCUGUGUGUCACAAUAUAAUUGGCUCCCGUGAAAUGCUGUAAAUUGUCAUUGGUUAACUAAAUAAUGACGUACUCUGACUUGCUAAAAUCCAUGUAAGCUCACUGCUACCUUUGUGCGGGGCCAUUCUCUGCACUUUUCUCCUUAAGAUCAGGAGAUCAGGUUUGGCCCGGCCGUGAAUAAAAUCUUGCCUCGCUUCUAUUCGGCGUCUGGUGUUUCAUUUGGAGGUCCCACCGAGAUUCUAUGACCACCCGAAAUUCGGAGGCCGAAGCGGAACAGCUAGGGGAGAGCUCCCGAGAGACGUUCCUCGGCCCCGGCCUUCCGUUCUCAGACCUGGCUUAAGCAAGGCAAACGGCUCCGGCUCCCGGUCCAGAUGGGCAGCCAACACGCCCAACGCUUUUCUACACUCUUUUCUCCACCACGGACCUCUACAACUGGAAAACUCAGAACCCGCCUUUCUCUGAAAACCCCCAGGGCCUAAUUGACUUAUUGAGCUCUAUUUUCACCACCCACUUACCUACUUGGGAAGAUUGUCACCAACUCUUGCAGGUUUUACUGACUUCAAGGAAAGGGCCUGAGUGCCCCGGGAAGCCACGAGAGCAGUCCUCGGCCAGACAGAAUGCCUACCACAGACCUUCACAGAAUUGAGCACGUUUUCCAUUCCGCGCCGUCCCAUUGGGACCCUAACGCGGAUAACGGUAGGGAGCGUCUACUCCAGUAUCGCCAGAUUCUGUUACAGGGGCUUCGCGCAGCGGCACGAAAGCCCACCGAUCUGACAAAAAUUCAUGACAUGGUCCAGGGACCGAAAGAGUCGCCUGCAGCCUUCCUAGAAAGGCUUUACCAGGCUUACCGCUUAUAUUCUCCUAUUGACCCCGAGGCAAUAGAGAACCAAAAACCAUUAAUAUGGCUUUCGUUUCUCAGUCGGCCCCAGACCUCCAUAAAAAGCUCCAAAAAUUAGAAGGAUUCGAAGGAAAGCUAAUUUCAGAGUUGGUAGAAAUAGCCCAGCGAGUUUUUCAGAGCAGGGACAGCUCUGCCGUUAUGCAAGGGAAGGAAAUAGGGAAAGUCCUCAUAGCAGCCUGGGGAAAACCCCCAGGCAACAGCAAAGGACAGGGAAGUCCUCAACCCUGAGGCCAGAAAAGACCCUGAGCAACAUUGGGAAAAAAUCAAUGUGCUUAUUGUAAGAAAGAAGGACAUUGGAAAGAUAAAUGCCCCAACAAAAAGCCUCCCAUCCUGGUCGCCCAGGAACAAUGACACCACCACAGCUCCCCUCUUUCCCUGAAUCCCCAGGGGCCUGUGGUUACCGUCAACAUAGAAGGGAAAGAAACCAGAUUCCUGGUUGACACUGGGUCUUAAAGAACCCUUAGGACCUGUGAUUAAAGAAAAGGUAUACAUUCCGGGAGCCACAGGACAAACGCAAGGCUACCCGCGGACUCGUGCCCGAAUCACUGACCUAGCUGAAGGGACUAUUACUCAUUCCUUUGUGCUCAUACCUGAUUGCCCAUAUUCCUUUCUGGGGAGAGAUCUGUUGCACAAGCUUAAGGCCCAAAUUUCCUUUACCGGAAAUUCUAUAGACUUGAACCUACCGCCACCUGCCAUUCUAGUUCCCUGCCCUAUAUCAGAGGAGUAUCGACUCUUAGAAAAACCAGAGCAGAAAGCGUCUCCAUUAAUAGAAAAGUGGAAAGAGGCAAUUCCUACAGUUUGGGCUGAAACUAAUGCCCCUGGACUAGCCAUUCUACAAGCGCCACUAGUGAUCCAGCUAGCUGCCACAGCCACCCCCAUCCGGGUGAGGCAAUAUCCCAUCAGCCAGCAAGCGAGGGAGGGAAUUGCCAAACACAUCAACCGCUUGCGAGAAGCUGGGAUCCUAAUGCAUGCCAUUCCCCCUGGAAUACUCCCUUGCUUCCUGUCCCCAAACCUGGGACUUCAGAAUAUAGGCCAGUACAAGACCUCAGAGAAGUUAACAAAAGGGUGGAGACAAUUCAUCCUACAGUCCCCAACCCCUACACUCUCCUGAGUGAACUCUCACCAAAUUACUGCCUUUACUCCGUCCUGGACUGAAAGGAUGCAUUCUUUGCUUUGCCGAUUGCAAAGGUCAGUCAGCCUAUUUUUGCCUUUGAAUGGACAGACCCAGGUGGAACUUACAAUGGACAGUUAACCUGGACUCGACUGCCCCAAGGGUUUAAAAACUCCCGCCACUCUUUUUGAUGAAGCUGUCCGAAGGGAUUUGGUCCCCUACCGGGAGAGCCACCCAGAUGUUGCGCUGUUGCAAUAUGUAGAUGACUUGCUCCUAGCCGCUGACUCCUUAGAGAACUGCACAAAGGCUACAGAGGACCUGCUAAGGGAAUUAGAUGUCCUGGGAUAUAAAGUUUCCACAAAGAAGGUGCAAAUUUGCUUAGACUCUGUCAUAUAUUUGGGCUACCAACUGCAUGCAGGCAAGCGAUUGCUGGGGCCAGAAAGAAUCCAAGCUAUCCUCAACAUUCCUAAACCCACAACUAAAAGGCAGAUCAGGGAGUUCCUAGGAGCUGCUGGGUAUUGCCGCCUCUGGAUACCAGGUUUCGCUGAAAUGGCAAAACCCCUGUACUCCGCCACUGGGGGUGAAGGAACUGAGAUGGUCUGGGGAAAACAAGAAGACAGGGCUUUUGAGCAGAUCAAGAGCGCCCUCACCCAAGCCCGAGCCCUAGCUUUACCUGGUAUUACCAAACCCUUCCAACUAUUUGUGCGUGAGAUCCGGGGAAUUGCUAAAGGGGUCCUUACUCAAACUUUGGGCCCCUGGAAAUGACCUGUAGCCUACUUGUCCAAGUGGCUGGACUCUGUUGCCACCGGGUGGCCCAGUUGCCUCAGAGCUGUUGCCGCCACUGGUUAAAGAAGCUUCCAAACUAACGCUUGGGCAAGACCUUCAGAUCAUAGGACCUCACGCAGUAGCAUCCCUGCUGCACUCCCCACCAGACCGAUGGAUCAACGCACGAAUCAUCCAGGAUCAGGUAUUGCUACUAGACCCUCCACGCAUCACUUUGCUGAAGGCAGAGGCUUUAAAUCCAGCCACGUUGCUGCCUGAUGACGACUCAGAGGCCCCACGCCACGAUUGCUUGGAAACUGUGAGUACUCUUACAGGACUGAGGGGGGCACUUAAGAGAUCAACCUCUGUCAAAGGUGGAUUUCGAGCUGUUCUCUGAUGGCAGCAGUUUAUUCAAAGAUGGGAUCAGAUACGCAGGUGCAGCUGUAGUGACUCAGGACCAGGUUAUCUGGGCCCAAGCCCUUGAGCACGACACUUCUGCCCAAAGAGCAGAGCUGAUGGCGCUAGCCCAGGCCCUCAGAUGGGCAAAGGGAAAAACGGUGAACAUUUUCACGGAUAGCAGGUAUGCAUUCGCCACCGCCCAUGUUCAUGGAGCUCUAUAUAAGGAAAGAGAACCGUUAACAUCAGGAGGGAAGGAAAUUAAAAAAGAAAUCCUGGCCCUACUGGAAAGAAGCCUUAUGGCUUCCUAAAAAGGUGGCCAUUAUACACUGCAAGAGCCACCAAAAGGCAUACUUGGCCCGAGCGAAAGGAAACGCCUUUGCUGACGCAACGGCAAAGGCCACAGCAGAAAGAGAUGUUCUCCCGAUUAAAAUUUUGCCUCUGCUGCCUCCACGCUUUCUCUCCACGGAACCGUUUUAGACCAAAGAGGAGCUACGCCUGAUAAAAACCUUGAGGGCAGAAAGAGAUGACCAGCAUUGGUAUCACCUUGAGGAUGGACGCAUCUUCAUACCAGAAGCUAUAGGACGGACCUGGCUCCCGCAAGUCCACAGCUCCACGCAUCUAGGGGCAACCAAGUUGUCUGAACUAGCCCAAAGAGACUAUUUUAUUCCAAACCUUAAUAAAGUCGUACCAAGCCUAGGAGACUGAUGCAAAGCCUGUGCUCAGACUAACCCAUCUCCCAAGUUUAAUUUUUCAGGACAGCGACUACGCAGACAGAUACCCAGAGAAAUAUGGGAACUUGACUUCACUGAGAUGAAACAUGGACCCUAUGGCUAUCAUUAUCUCCUCGUACUGGUGGACACCUUCUCUGGAUGGUUAGAGGCUUUCCCCACUAAAACAGAGUCCGCUCAGAUAGUGGCUAAGAAAUUACUAAAAUGAAUUGGUUCCCCGAUUUGGCGUCCCUCUUGGUUUGGGGUCAGAUAAUGGCCCGGCUUUCAUAGCCCAGAUAUCUAAAAUGUUGGCCAAAAGCUGACAAAUAAAUUGGAAAUUACAUUGUGCCUACCACCCCCAAAGUCCAGGGCAGGUAGAAAGAAUUAAUAGAACUCUAAAAGAAACCUUGACUAAAUUAAUUCCAGAAACUGGCGAAAACUGGGUAGGCCUCCUUCCUUUUGCCCUCCUCAGAGUACACUGUAUACUUUACGUAAGAGGCAUUCCCCCCUUUGAAAUCCUAUUUGGAAGACCACCUCUCUUGCUUCCAAAACUGGGAGAUGAACAAUGGGCGGAAAUCUCAAACCAACAUCUCCUUAAGUCCUUGCAGGCUCUACAAAGUACAUUUCCAGCCAUCCGUAACCUAGUAAAAGAAAGCCGGAAGGAACCGCCCUCUGCAGUCAAACCAUCAGACCAAGGACUCGGACCUGGAGAUUGGAUCUGGAUGCAACGUCACACCUCCCCAAAUUUAGAAGCAAGCUGGGUUGGGCCCUAUCCGAUCAUCCUGUCCACCCCAUCCACUGUGAAAGUUGCCGGCCGGAGCCACUGGAUCCAUCGCUCUCAAAUUAAAGCGGCACACCCCGACCACAUUCCUCUACAGUGGACUGUCAAACGGACCGAAAAUCCUUUGAAGGUCCGGCUGGUAAAAGAAUCCACUGGCUGAGAACGCCACCAACACCACCCAGGAUGAGCAGCGGGAGUGGCUGAGCUGUGACCGCCAGGAAGAGAUGCUCAACCUGGGCUUCACCAUCGGCUCCUUCGUGCUCAGCGCCACGACCCUGCCGCUGGGAAUCCUCAUGGACCGCUUUGGCCCCCGGCCCACGCGGCUGGUUGGCAGUGCCAGCUUCGCCGCGUCCUGCGCCCUCAUGGCCCUGGCCUCUCGGGACACCAGAGUUCUGUCUCCGUUGAUAUUCCUGGCGCUGUCCCUGAAUGGCUUUGGUGGCAUCUGCUUAACGUUCUCUUCACUCACGCUGCCCAACAUGUUUGGGAACCUGCGGUCUACGUUCAUGGCCCUUAUGAUCGGCUCGUACGCCUCUUCUGCCAUCACGUUCCCAGGAAUCAAGCUGAUCUAUGACGCUGGCGUGUCCUUCGUGGUCAUCAUGUUCACGUGGUCGGGCCUGGCCUGCCUCAUCUUUCUGAACUGUGCCCUCAACUGGCCCAGCGAAGCCUUUCCUGCUCCCGAGGAAGUCAACUACACGAAGAAGAUCAAGCUCAGCGGACUGGCCCUCGAUCACAAGGUGACAGGUGACCGCUUCUACACCCAUGUGACCAUUGUGGGCCAGCGGCUGAGCCAGAAGGCCCCCAGCCUGGAGGACGGGGCUGAAGUCUUCAUCUCAUCCCAGGAUGUUCGUGGCAUCUCAGAAAGCCCUCCUGAGAAGUCUGUCCCCUUCCGCCAGAGCCUCUGUUCCCCCAUUUUCCUGUGGAGCCUUCUCACCAUGGGCAUGACCCAGCUGAGGGUCAUCUUCUACAUGGCCGCCAUGAACAAGAUGCUGGAGUACCUCGUGACUGCUGGUCAGGAGCAUGAGACGGACAUCCUGAGAAAAAGGACGGCAGAGACAGUUGGGUUCUACUCCUCCAUCUUUGGGGCCAUGCAGCUGUUGUGCCUUCUCACCUGCCCCCUCAUUGGCUACAUCAUGGACUGGCGGAUCAAGGACUGUGUGGACGCCCCCACUGAGGGCAGUGCCCUCGGAAACGCCAGGGAUGGGGUCGCCACCAGGUCGGCCAGACCGCGCUACCGCAAGAUCCAGAAGAUCACCAAUGCCAUCAACGCCUUCACCCUGACCAACUUUCUGCUGGUGGGGUUUGGUGUCACCUGCCUCAUCAAUAGCUUACACCUCCAGUACGUGACCUUUAUCCUGCACACCGUGGUUCGAGGUUUCUUCCACUCAGCCUGUGGGAGCCUCUAUGCUGCAGUGUUCCCGUCCAACCACUUUGGGACGCUGACGGGUCUGCAGUCCCUCAUCAGUGCUGUGUUUGCCCUGCUCCAGCAGCCGCUUUUCAUGGCCAUGGUGGGACCCUUGAAAGGAGAGCCCUUCUGGGUGAAUCUGGGCCUCCUGUUAUUCUCACUCCUGGGAUUCCUGCUGCCUUCUUACCUCUUCUACUACCGUGCCCAGCUCCAGAGGGAGUACGCCACCGACUGGGAGGGCCCAAAGAAGGUGCUUGGAAGUUCCGAGGUGACUGCCUAGACCCCUGCAGCCAAGGGACCCAGAUGACAGGCCAAGGCCUGAGCUACCAAAGGGAAUGACUUGCCGGAGUCCGGCUCCAGCAGGUCCAGGGGUUCCCGAAGGAUGAACGGCGUUGGCGAAAAAGUGAAAAUAAAACAAAACUAGAAUAAAAAACUAAAAUAAAAACGGACACAGACAACAGCA